AUGACUGAAUCACCGGCAUCCUCCGCGCUACAAACGCGUCUCACCACCGCCUUCCCGCAAACUGCGUCGCUAUCCAGGCAAGACCUCGAAGCGCUGGCCUACGAAGACUAUCCCACGGCUCCAACACAGCAGCAGCAGCAGAGUGCCGAAGAUUCCAUCACGCCUAAUCAAGCGUACUUCGAAGCCUUCUUGCAUUCGCUGCCGCAGACACAGGCUCUCUACGGUGCACACGCCGACCUUUUGCGUAGCAAUGAAGCCAAAGCCAAACGCAACCUCGAACGUCAAGCACCUCUAGAAGCGCUCCGUACCGAGACGCAGCAGCUCUUCGACCGCGCAAAGGCACUUGAAGCCGAGUGGGCUACGAGAGAGCUCCAACUCAAUGAGGCGCAAAAGCGAUUCAACCCGUCUGCGCUGCACUUCAGCUUGACGCAGUCCGCAAGCAAGCUCAACGACAGAUCCGAGCAGCUGGCUAAUGCUUUUGUCGAGGGACUCACCUACCCGAAAGACGACAGUGGGACGGCAGAGGAGGCAUUGGUGGACGAAGCGAGCUUUGUGCGCAGAUACAAGCAGCAGAGGCUAUUAUACCACAAGCGCAGGCUGGUCGCCGAAAGAUGGGCGAGGAAUCAGGUGCAUUGGACGGAUUAA